GUCGUGACCCCGGAAGUGCUGCAGCGCGGGGAGCCAGUCAGGGGAGAGGCGGCAGCCAGUCGGAGGCAGCGCGGAGGACAUGGCAGGAUAGGCGGCCGGAGCGCCGCUGAUUGGUUUGGGCCCACAUAAUCCGAAAAAGAAGCAAGAUCUUGAUAAGCUCUAUGACUUGAAGGCUAAAGCUCAACAGAUUAUGAACCAAUUUGGUCCAUCUACCUUGAUCAAUUUAUCCAACUUCUCUUCAAUCAAACCAGAGCCAGCCAGUACUCCUCCACAGAGCUCCAUGGCAAACAAUACCACUGUGACAAAAAUGCCAGGGACCCCUAGCAGUGGGGGACGCCUCAGCCCUGAAAGCAACCAGAUCCUAACCAAGAAGAAGUUGCAGGAUCUUGUCAGAGAGGUAGAUCCAAAUGAGCAACUGGAUGAGGACGUGGAAGAGACGCUGCUGCAGAUUGCCGACGACUUCAUUGAAAGUGUGGUGACGGCUGCCUGCCAGCUUGCACGGCAUCGCAAGUCCAACACAUUAGAAGUGAAAGAUGUCCAGUUGCAUCUUGAACGUCAGUGGAAUAUGUGGAUCCCAGGGUUUGGUUCUGAAGAAAUCAGGCCUUAUAAAAAAGCCUGCACUACAGAAGCUCACAAACAGAGGAUGGCACUGAUUCGUAAAACAACCAAGAAAUAAUGCCUAGGAGCAGCAGGGAAAUAAAAAUGGCUCUUUUGGAAAAAAUCUGCCUCUUAAGCUGCAAAACAUCCAUGACGUCAUCUAUGGGAUUGUUUUCAAUGCUUUACAGAGAAGCAUAAAUUUUAAUGCAGCAACAUUUACUUUCAGGGCAGCUCUGCCAAACCGCUGCCUUCCCCCUGCAUCAGUUUUCCACGAGAACACAACGUAUCUUGAAACACAGACUUUAUUUUCUGCCUUCAAAGUGAUUUAUGGUGUAAGUGAUUGUCCGAGAGACAAGAAUAUUUUGGUAUUUUGGGGAACAGUAUUAGCAACAGCCAUAGAUGUUUUUCAUUUCCAUUUUACUCUUUGUAAUGUUGCUGUUUAUAGAUAUUUGGAUAUGUUUUACAAGUGAAGAAAUUGACUUAAAAGCUUGAUCACAGUAUUGACACAAGCUGCAAAGAGCAUCAGGCUGGCACCAGAGUUAUGAAACAUUCAAAGCAAACAUCUUUUUUCCCUUUCCUUUUCAGCCAUCAACAUGUAGCAGGGAAAAGUUGAAUUCUUUUUGUUUUGUGGGCCAUCUUAGCUCGAACGAUGCAAUAGAAAGCCACUGGAGCGAGGGCCAGGGAAGAAGUUCUGUGGGGAUGGUGGAUCAGCUGGAAAGUAUUGAUGCAGUUCCUAAUACAGAGGGACCUUUUCAAGCAGCUGUUGCUUAAUAGCUAAGGAGUGGGGGAGCCCUGCCCUCAGCACCCUGGGGUGGUAGCUAUCAGUGGCUGGGGUUACACAAUGUGUGACUUCUUUAUCUCUCCUGUUGCUGGGUGGAAAACGUUCUUCACAAGAGUCACUAGCCAUCUGCUUCAGAGAGUGUUGUAAAAUACAUUCACUUGAACUUAAACAUCAGAUUAAAUUGGUGCAAAAGCGA